AAUUAUUAAUCUCAUAUUGUCAGCGGUGAUGGCCGCAUUUGUGUCUAUUUCACUUAUUUUCUUGGCUAUUUUUUUUAUCCUGCGAUGGCUAAGCUCCAAGCCUGCGAAAUUUCCCCCUGGACCGCCACGCUGGCCGAUAGUGGGCAAUUUGGUUGAGCUCAUAAGAGGCGCAAAAGGAGGAGCCAUCCACGAGAUUUUUAUGAGACUCGCAAACAAAUACGGGCCGAUUUUGGGACUAUUCAUGGGAACUCAACCAACUAUUAUUAUAUCCGAUUACUUAGCAAUCAGAGAACUGGGCGCACGAGACGAUCUUUGUGGAAGGACCAUAAAUAAAGUAGGGCAAAUCAUGCAAAAAGGACGAAAAUAUGGUCUUAUUUUUAACCACGGCGAUGAUUGGCGUGAGCAGCGCCGUUUCACCCUGCGUCAUUUGAAAGACCUGGGUUUCGGAAAGAAGAGCAUGGAGUGCAUCAUCCAAGAAGAAGCCGAGAACUUGGUAACAGAGGUGGCGAAAAAAGCGGGUGCCAACUUUCAGCAACCAGUCGAAUUGUACAACAUUUUGGGCACGGCGAGUAUCAACGUUUUGUGGUUUAUCAUUGCGGGCCAAAGGUACUCGCACGAUGACGCGCGCCUCCAGAAACUCAUCACCUUGAUCAAGGAUAUAUCAAGUCAAUUCAAUGCUGCAGGAGGGCUGGCCGCGUGUUUCCCAAUAAUUUUGGAUAUUGCACCUGGACUGACUGAAAUCGAAAAGUUCAAGCUUGUCCGUCAGAGAGUGAAGGAUUUUAUUAUGGAGGACGUUAACGCACACAAAGAGACUUUGGACCAAGAAAAUCCGAGGGACUUUUUGGACAUGUACCUGAUUGAGAUUGAGAAGAACAAAGACAAGAAAGACACUUCUUACUAUGAGGAGCAACUGGUUUUUGUUGUUGGUGACUUAUUUCUCGCGGGAGUGGACACAACUUUCAACGCGAUGGCUUUCACUUUGGUUUACAUGGUAUGCAAUCCGGAGGUUCAGAAAAAGGUGCACGAUGAAAUUGACGCCGUUGUUGGGCGUGAUAGACUUCCAAGUUUGAACGACAGAAGCAACAUGCCGUAUGUCGAGGCCACAAUUCAAGAAUCGCUACGAAUGAGUUCAGUGGCACCGCUUGCAGUACCACAUGCCCCACUUUUCGCAAAGUUCGACACACCGUUCAGAGAGUUUAUUUUCCCAAAGGAUUCAAGAAUUCUAUUGAAUAUUGCUCACGUUCAUAUGGACCCAAAAUUAUGUGGGGAUCCGGAAAAUUUUCGACCAGAGCGAUUCCUCACCAAGAACAGCAAACUAAUCAAGCCGGACUACCUUUUGCCCUUUGGCUCAGGGAAAAGACAGUGCCUGGGUGAAACCCUGGCCAAAAACAACUUGUUCCUUUUGUUUUCGGCGCUUAUGCAGAGAUACAAGCUGGAGGUGCCAGAAGGGUGCGCUCCACCCAAUAGCAGGGAGGUGGAAGGUGCGUUCACACUUGGUCCAGUACCAUAUAAAGCUAAAGUGACUCCACGAUUUAUGGCCUAAAAUCACUGCAACUGGAUCAGAAUCAUGAUGUACAGGCCAGACGUUGUAAUGAGCUAAAAUUUUGAAUUAAUAAAUAAAUAAAUAUUACACCAAAAACAUUAAAUUU